AUGGAGGCUGAUCAAGGCUGCACGACCCCGGAGCACCCGGAGUACCGAAUUCCGGCGCCGCUGCUGCCUCCGGCAACGCCGAGGAAGAAGAAGGUGCGGGCGGAGAAGAGGGACCCGCCGGAAAAUGACUACCUCAAGUCGCCAGAGGUUGAGGCCUUCCUAGCCGGAUUGGAAGCUCACUGGCGACAUGUGCGAUAUCGAAAAACAGCUGUGCGUGCGUAUAAAAUCAACAGUAUAUAUCCCACGAGCCACACGAUCGAGUACUCGGCCGCAUAA